GCACAAAACAGAAAAGCGCCAAAAAAUUAUGCACAGUAUGUCGCACUCGUCCGUCCCCCCUUCUACCGUCCGUGCCGGUACAAACUCACUCCAUGUUCGUACGAGUACGUAUGAGGUUCCCAUAUCGUAGGAAUAUUUGUGUACACGUAUUACGAGUACUCGUACUUGGUACGCUACAAGCACCCUCCGGUUCCUACAGCACUACAUCUUCCCCUACCGUACGGUAACGAAACACAUUCCGAGAUUAUCUUUAUUUCUUGGAAGGUUUUGACAUGAAAACACCCUCGUCUCUAAUAGAACCAAAUAGAAAAGGGAACGCUUUACAAUUCGAACAAAAUGUUACCACCAACUUCGUAUACAACGCUGYUACUGGAUAUGGAUGGAGUCCUAGCAGAGGUGUCACAGUCCUAUCGAGCUUCAAUUGUAGCGACAUGCCACAAAUACGGAGCCAACUCCGUAACUUUGGAUGUAAUAGGAGAUUGCAAAGCGAAAGGCGGUUGCAAUAAUGAUUGGAAACUUUCUCUCGAUUUGAUCAAUCAAGAUCCCAAUGGACAGAAGGGACUGACUUUGGAUGAAGUAACGGAGACUUUUGAGGAAUUCUAUCAGGGUACCGAAGGCACGCCUGGCCUGUGCGAACUAGAAAGCCUCAUUCCUGACAAGAAAAUCCUUGAGGAAUUGAAAAAGCGAUCGAAAAAAAUUGGAAUUGUGACAGGAAGGCCAAUCAGUGAUUGCGAAAAAUUUCUGAAAUUGCAUGGAUUAGAUCACCUUGUGGAUUGUUCUGUGUGCAUGGAGGAUGGUCCUGCGAAACCUGAUCCUUUUCCUGUCUUAGAAUGYUGCAAGCGAUUGGGCGUCGAACCGUCGAAAUCUGUUGUUUUGGUUGGAGAUACGCCUGAUGAUAUUCGAGCUGCUGUUGCUGCUGGUUGCAGUGGGGUGGGAGUGGCUACUCCAGAGGCAGUCGAGGAAUUGGCAACGAAAGGAGAGACCUACGAGAAAGCGAAACUUUGUAUAGCAAUGAAGGAAUGUGGAGUAGAUGUCAUCUUCGAACCAGGUUUUGAGAAGCUCAUUGAUUAUUUUCCAGAGGUAGAGUAAUUGAUCUAAAAAUCUUAAUGCCAUGUUUAACUUCAUGAAMUAGAAGAGGUGGUAGGGAUUUAUGAACUAAACGAGGUGCUAGGAGAGCCAGAAUCAUUACUCUGGAGGAACGAUACUCCCAGUUGCCGUAAGGGAUAGCACCUGCAAUAGAGUGGUACCAGUAUGUACUAAAGUACAGAGCAUGUUAGAUUUGGGGGGGAAGUUGGAGAGUUUGGUCUUAUGGGACUGCUGCUGCUGGGGAGUAACAAUAAGAACAAUCAGGAGCAGAUGAGUAAUAGCAGUUCUAGCGGAACAAGAAGAAGCCCUCGCAGARCCUCUAUGUCAUUGAUUAAGAUCAGUGAUAUUGUAWGCUCAAUCACAUGUUGAAAUCUUUAGCAGGGGACUACCAAAUCUAUGCACUCCUAUUCUUCAAAGUGUGCUCAGAAGGGCUUGUUGAGCAAUUUGUUUUAAGUAUGAGUACUAGUGUAUUUCGUACCUGUWCUAUAAAAAAUAAUAAUAUUUUGAGAUUAAA